AUGGCGUCGAAAUUCAUUCGAAUCAUUUCUCUAUUUGCCAUUUUAAUCGAUGUUCGACCAAUUGAUAUCAGCUCAUGGAGCCCGGAAUCAAUGAAUAUGUUUGCUGCGAACGUCAAAAUUAUCAACGACGGACUUUUUAUCAUAAAAAAUCGACCGGAAUCGCGAUUAGUUUUCGCUAAACUCCACACACUCAAAGGCACAUUGGUUAUAUUGGAUAAUAUGAUGCUUGAAGAGCUCGAGUUUCCGAGUUUGAACGACUCACAAGCCUCGAUUCGAAUGAAGAAUAAUCCGUUGAUUCAUAUGAAAUAUGUUCAAUUUUUACGAUCGAAAUGCUUCAAAACGUGCGAAAUCCAUGCGAAUGAAUUUGUUCGAAUAUUCUCCGAGGACACCGCAUCACAGAAUAUGUACUGA